CCAAUGUCGCAGGCCAAGUUAAGCAGAAACCCAUUGAAGGUUAAGAAGAAAGAACAGAGUAGCCUUGCACCAUCGGUCUGCCAGGAAAAUCACUAUGAAACCCAACGAAGGUUAAGGAGAAAGAACAGAGUAGCCUUGCACCACUGGUCUGCUAGCAAAAUCACUACGGGUUCUAAACUGAUCAUUAACAUAUUAAAGGGAACAUCAAUAGUUAAGGCCACCAUAUGCCAGUCAAGUCUUCACAGUUUUGCUUUUGUUGGAGGAUUAUUAGCAAGUCCACAAAAUCAAGUAAAGGUAAAGGCAAAGGAAUAG